UCUUUCAUAUCGGCGAGAAAUAAUUUUCUAAAAACUAAAGGUUAAAUUGAUACACACCUUUAUAGGGUUAGGGUUCCCACACAUAUUCCCAUGUUAGAGCGCUUGUUUACAGAAGACAGAAUGGACUACCUGUGCUAAUUAGCUAUCUGCCUCUUCGAACACCUGUGUGUAAACGGAAGAUGGACGCCACAAAUGUGUUGUCAUUGAAAAAUACUGUCGCCUGCAACUGUUAAAAUCAGUUAAAACAGUGUGAAGCCUAAUCAGAAUGGAUCCUGAGGUCUCUGUGCUGUUGCACUGCACCGCCUGGGGAGGUCUCCUGGAACCACAGGUGCAGGUGGAGCUUUCUGCCAGGUUUAACCGUCAGACAGAGCCAGCACUGGAGCGUCACAUAGAGGAGGUGUGGACAGAGAGGGUGACCAGGGAGCCAUGGCUUUUCAAUGGGGCCAAAUUCAGGCUGCACUCUUUCAGUCUGGCCUCCCCCCAGCCCUCCUGCCCACCUACACCCCAGCCUCCCUGCAUGAAUGGAGAAGGAGACAGAGAUGGAAGGCAAUGUAGCAUUCAGAAGGAGAAAGAGGGCUUACAUGAGACAAAGGGGAACACUGACUCUAGAAGAGCAGAGGUGCUCAGACACCAAAGAGAUCAAAUAGACGAAGUAAUCGGCGAACGACAGCAUAAUGACAUUGAUUUGAAUAGCUAUAAGCAGAGAGAGGGGAACCUCAGAGACUCACAAACCUCUACCCCAGGGUGCGGAAACCAAGAUCCUGCUGUGGGGAGCAGUGCAGCAGAAGCUCAACCCUGCCUACAGAGAGAUGUGGGUGGGAAGGGUGAGGGGCCCACUCCCAUCCUGACCCUGAGGUUGGGCCUGACCUGCUAUAGGGACUUCCUGGGCACCAACUGGUCUCAGAGAGCAGGGGAGCUAUGCCAGCGUGCGGAGGCGGAGUUUGGGGAUCCCCUGGCUCUAUUGGCCCAGCCGCUGGGGGUGGGUGGGGUCCUGUGUACGGCUGACAGACAGGUGGUGCUGAUCAGGAGGAGCCAGCAAGUGGCUGAGGCAGGGGGGCUGCUGGACAUCCCUGGGGGGCACCCCGAACCAAAGGCUGUGUUUGAAGGCCUCGAUGAGAUGGACAAGAUCAGGGUGGAGAUGCUGCAGCGGAUGGAAGAGGCUGUGGUCAGAGAGCUGUUCUCUUCUGUGUGCACUGAGAUUAGAGACGAGGUAAAUGUUCCUCUUUGUUGUCUGGGUGAGCCGGUACUGAUGGGCAUCGCUCUGAAUAACACCAGUGCAGGCAGACCCAGCGCAGAGUUCUACAUCAGUUGUUCGCUGACUUCCACAGAAGUUCGAGAGCUUUACUGGCAGGGGGGCGUCGAGGCCCAGGAGUCUACAGAUAUCGUGUUCUUGAGCCAAACGGAGGUGCUACGUCUAGACCAGAGCGCCCCCCUGUGGUCGGAGUUGUGUCCUUCAGCCAAGGGUGCAGUGCUGCUCUAUCAACUAGUGCUGCCUGACCGAGAAGACAAAAGCAAUCUAUCACAGACUCCAGCUACGGCACUGGAUAAAAUUUCCAGAUGAUGAAAUGAAUACAAUAUACAUUUUCUUCAACGAAAAAGCAGCGAUUUAAUGUUGCUGUUGUUGCUUUAAGAGACAAUACUGCUGUAGAAAGUUUAAGCCCCCGGCUAUGAAAAUGUCGAAGUAAACAUUCCCUGAUAUAAAGUUCCAGCAGUAUUACAGAAAAAGAGAACUCCAUAUGAACAUUGCUUGAUGUUUGACACUUAGGCACCUGGUGGAGGCACAAUAUUUCCCAACUUUGCAUAAAAAUGCUGUGAUAAUGUAAGAAAUCUAAAUAACAUGUAUAAUAAAUCUCUAUAAAACCA